CCAACUUUAGAACACCCGGUAUUACACUAGUUUUGAAAUUGACAACUAACCGUUCCGAAAACCUUACUAGACUUUUGCAACUUGUAUUCAUAUCAUUGCAUGCUUUGUAGCGUCAGCUACAAACCAGUUGAUCUAGAGGCAAGCCAGCCUGUAAGAAAAAAAUUCCAGGUGAAACUAGCCAUUUUAUCCAGGAAUGAAGGUAAAUUCUGACUGAUUCUGACAGGAAAUGAAAGGUAUGACAGUUUUGAUCGAUGUUCUCGUUUCAGAAUAGACCAAAAUUCACAGUAUCCGAGAAGUACAUUCACGGCCCAAGAACCAACGAGUCGGAUGAAUUCCAUUUAGACCUGCGCGUCAAGAAAAAAAUUUCCAGUAAUCCUUUGAUCCAAAAGAACAUCGCCUUCCUGCAGACCUACAAUAAUCUAUUUAAGAAGCCAUCUCACCAUCAGAUAGGAGACGCUGACGCAUAUUUUAGGCAGAGUCUGAGAAGUGAGACCUUCGAUUUAAUCAGGGACUUGAAUUUAGAGGCACAUUUAGUAAAAUCCGUCAAGUCCUUUGAAAAUAUCAACAAGAGAAAAGUAAGAUCUAAGAGAACAGUUUUAAGUCCUAGAAGACUUUCGAGCAAACCAUUUAAACCAAACGGAAGGUCUGUAGAAGAGACUCAGGAACCUCUUAUUUCGGAUAAAGGGGAGCCUCUAAAACAGCCAGUAGAAGCUGCGAAGGCAACUUCUUCUGUGUUAGAGGAAGAUUUCUUCCAAGAACUAUACUCUCCCAGACAAGUGGAAGAGGCAGAAACAAGCGAGAGUGAUAGUGAAAGUGAUACUGAAACUGAAGAGAAAGAACUAGAAGCAGACGGUGAUCUCACUCCGAAAGUUGAACAGGAUAUUGUGGAUAGGCUUGACGGAAUUUUGAACACAGUAGAACAAGAUUUGGACAAUAUCAUGGAAGGAGAGGAAGAAGUAGCAGAUGGAGCAAAUUUCGAAACCUAUUUGGACGUUCCUAUGGAGGAAGGAGAAGAUGAUGAUAUUAAGGAGGUAGAAGAGAUGAUCGAACAAGCUGCUGAAGAACUUCAACAGGUUGCUGAGGAGAAUCAAAACCUUAUGCAAGCUUUAGAAGGAGAAGAGGAAGAGGGUGGUGGAGAAGAUAAACCUGCUACUGAAGAUUCAACGUUCAAGUUUGAUCCAGCAAUAGAUUCCGCUAUUUUAAAGGAACUGGACGAUGCAGAACGACAAGCCAGGGAAACAGUCAAUGUGAUCUUCGAAUUGAAGAAAAGAGUGGCAGAAUUGGCACAGAAGGAGAAGAUGACAGAGGAAGAAGCAAAAGAACUUGAAGCAAAGAAUAAGGAAUUGGAACAACUGAUGAUCCUUUUCGAAGAAAAAGUUAAACGGAUACAACAGCUCAUCAUGCAAAGUAAUCUGUUCGAGAGUAUGAUGCCAAUACAGCCAAUGUUGCAGAUGAGGCAUAAGGAAGACACUUUACCGCAAGUGCUUGUAUGUGGUAUAACGGAAGAGAACAUACCUAAAAUAAUAGUUUGCGACAAAAAGAAUGGUAAACCGAAAAAAGCGAAAACGCCUAGAAGUCCUCAAACUACAGCCGUAUGUACCCCCAGGAGCACAUGUACCCCUAGAGGCGCAGUGUCACCAUCUCAAGAACCUGUAACAUCUACAAUGAUACAACAAAUGCCUCAACAUCCACAAAUGAAUGCGUUUGCCCAAAAACUGAACGAGUGCAUUUGUAUGCAAGAAAAAUUAGCUGCGGAGAACGCUAACCUAGAAGGAACGCGGUACGAACUGCAAGGAGCACUGAUAAAUAAAGAUCAAACUGUUGAGAGUCUUCAAAGGCAACUGUUUGGUCUACAAGCUGAAUUAAGAAUGGUGUGUCAGGAGAAUUGCGCAUUGACUCAAAAGCUACAACAAGGUGGUGGUGCAGCACCAUAUGGGCCUGAGAGCUCAACGUCCCCUUCAAAGCAACCUUGCGGAAAAGGGCGAGCUGUCUGCCCUGCUGAUAUAGAAACCAGGUUGCAGGAGUACUCUGAAAACACUCACAAUCUGGAAUGUCAACUCGCUGACAUGGAAAAUGACGUUCGAGGCAUGCAAGAAGAACUGACUGCUGUUCAGAAAGAAAGGGCACACCUGGAACAUCACAGGAAAAUGAUGUGCCCUCCGCAACCAUGUUGUCGCUCUCCAUGUCUGCCACCUCCAUGGAUGUCAAUGUCUCCAUGUUUACCUGUGCCUUGCAGCCCUCCACCUGGUACGAUGCCACCACCUUGUAAUUGUGAGGAAGAUACCGGUUCCUCUGCAGACCAGCAAAUCAAGGAGCUCAGGGAAAAAUACAAUUUACUGCAAGAUGACUUCAAGUCAAAGUUGAAGGAAGUUAGCACCUUGAGAGCAGAAAACAAUAACCUGAAGGACACAUUAGAAGCAGAACGUGAGAAUCUAACGGUGUACCAGGAUAAGGUCAGAAAACUGGAGGACGAGUUGAAAGGGCUGCUUGGAGAUAAAGGCAAGGGAGCUGGUUUGAAAGAACAACUGAUGGAGAUGGAACAGCAACUAAAUGUAUCUAAACAAAGAUUCAGGGAAGCACAAGAUGAGCUGGAAGAGCUGCGAUUGCUAGUUCAAGAUCAACAGCAGCAAAUGGACGACUACAGGAACAAGUACUUGGAAGCUCAACAGCAAGUUGAAGAGCAGAGAAGACACAUCGACUUGAUGGAAAUGGAAAAUCAGAGAGUAAGUGAACAGGUCAACCUAGAGAUUCAACGCGUGAAAAAUCAGUUCCAGGAGAAAGUGCAGGAAUUGAUGCCACUCCCAGAUAUUCUCAAGAGUACACAACUUAAGUUGCAGGAAGCGCAGCAAAUGCAUCUACUUGCCGAAAGAAACAAUGAAGCCAUUACUAGAGAGCUGCAAAUGUACAAAGACAAACUACAAUUUCUAACUAACCAGCUUGAAAUGGCGAAGAGCAACGAUGCCUUAGGCAAGAGCGAGAAGGAUACUUUGCUCCAGAAAAUCGCAGAUUUAGAACAGGAGCUGAAAGAUAUGAAGGAAGAAAACUAUAACUUCGGAACUCAAAUAUCUGAUCUUGAGGACAGACUGGCGACAUGUCAACUAGAGUCAGACAAUAGAGCGCACGAUAUUCUCCAAUUAGAAGCGAAUUUGGAUAACGUGAGAGAAGAAUCUGCUAGACAGGUGGCUAGAACCAAAGAUCGUUGCGAGAUAGUCCGAAAGUCUAUGCAAAAUCAAAUCAACGAUCUUGAGAGACAGCUGGCGCAAUGUCGGGCUCAAGCCAAAGCAGCUCAAAAGGAUAGAGAUGAGGUCAGGCAGAAGAUGCAAACGCAAAUUUGUAAUCUGAAUGAAAACUUUGAGGAUGCUACCAUGCGUAUUAGAAGUCUUCAAGGUCACGUUAAUUUCCUCAAGAACACCUACGGGGUUGUGACUACUGAUCCUUGCCCCAAGACCUCUCCUCCUGAUCCUUGCAACUGUGGUGCUGACUAUUAGUUGUGAAUAGUUUUUAUCUCAUUUUGUAAAACUAUAUGCUGCAAAAUAUAGAAAUACGAAAGAAUGAAGGUGAUAGAGACUGAUUGCUAAUUCAAAGCAGUCGCUCAUCACAUAGAUUUUUAAAAAGGGUUUUAUGAGUAAUCGAUGUAUAUUCUUUUGAUAUUUAUGCUUAACACUUCUGAAAAAAUAUUAAUUCUGCCAAAAU